AUGGCAUCUUUACCCAUGAACACGUCCAGGCAGGUCAAGGACUUUAUUGUAAUUCAAUCAGCUGUAGCGUAUCUGUUCCCCCGCACUUUAGAGGAGAGCCCCCAACUGGCCAAGCUUAUCUUCCUAAAUAAUGCACUGCGAAGUGUUAACUCUCAGGCUUUUGAGCAUCUGACUGAGCUGCAAGAGUUGGAAAUCAGUGGGAACCCCUGGCUGGAACAUUUAUAUUUGGGGACUUUUUCAAAGCAGGGAAACUUGACUAAACUAUUGCUUAACUUCAACAAGUUCAAGACCGUGCUUCCUGGCAUGUUUGACUCUCUCAAAAAGCUUGAAACACUGCAGAUGAAGGGCAACAUCAUAUCAGAUCUGCCCCCAUUUCUUCUGCUGAACCUCCACAAUCUGCGUGUCCUGGAUUUGUCCCAAAAUAAGCUUGAAGACGUAAAAAGGGAAACUUUUUCUGGUCCAACGAAACUGGAGAUCCUGAAAAUUAACAACAACCUCAUCAGCAAUCUUACAUCUGACAUGUUCCACAAUAUUUCUCAGCUGAUAGAGCUUCACUUGGAGGGGAAUAAGAUAUCAGAACUUGUUGACAAUAUCUUCUUUGUGUUAACCGAACUGAAGGUGCUGAACCUCCGUGGAAACCUUCUCACAGCCUUCAGUGAUAACGUGUUUGGAUUCAAGGCCUCAAAUUUGAAGGAGCUGAACCUAAAGGGCAACAGAUUGACUGAGCUGUCCUCUCUAAGCAGUUUGACGUCUCUUACUGACCUAAUCUUGUGCUCUAACCAGCUCUCCAACCUUCCUGAGGACCUUUUUAGAAAUGUUACAGCCCUGGAGAAUGUGGACCUGUCUGAAAACCAGCUCACCUUGCUGCCCGCAAUGAUCUUUAAAGAUCUAUUCAGAAUCAAGGCCAUCCACCUACAGAAGAACAACCUGAGCAAGGUGGACGCCAAUCUGUUUGAGGACCAGGUGCUCAUUCAGCAACUCUACCUGUCUGACAACGAGCUGGAAACUCUCCCACUGGGCCUUUUAGACCCUUUUGUCUUCCAGCACACAAUCAGACUGCACGGGAACCCCUGGAAAUGUGACUGCCACAUGUUGUACCUGCAUGACUGGGUGUUGAGAAACAGCCGAGACGUAGAGAUGGUUGAAAGGAUGCUCUGCGCGAGCCCCAGCUUUUUGAGAAGAUGGCCAGUCGUCUUCAUCGACAAGGACCAGCUGGUGUGUCAGGUGUCUAAAGAUGACACGCCUGAUCUCAGCAGCUGCAGCCUACAAUUGUCAAAUGACACUGUGAUCAUCAAUUGUAAAGUGGAUAAAUGCUCUCCACUCACUGUGAAGGUACAGUUUCAGGAUGACGACAACAUUACGGAGCAUGUUUUGAAAAAUGAGCCUCAAUGUAGGAAUGAGACAAUGAUCGAGAUCCCUGUUCAGUAG